AUUUCGAAGACGUCGAGGUAUUUCUUUGUUUGACGAUGCCUUUGCUCGGACCAUGUUAUAAUUCCUUGAUUACGCCAGAUUGUGCAGCAGGAAACAAAACUACAUGCGCAACUUGUAUUGAGAAAGCACAUCAACGAGGAAAUACCUACCUAGUUAAAUGAAUCAACACCCAAGACGUCCGGCACCUUUACAGACUGACAUUUGUCAACAUGAACGUCCAGAAUCGAGUCAUAGCCAGCAUUCAGUCCGUCAGCGAUCACACCUAGACACUCCCGUUUCUUCCAUCUACUCGCCCCCGUUGUAUUGGCGUCACUUUUUAUCACCACCUCGACAGGGGCAGCAGGAGCAACAGCACCAGCACCAGCAGCAGGUCAUGUCGCUAACGUUUGGUAUAGAGCUAGAGUACGUCUUCGCUUUCGACCUGAACCCGAGAGUGGGGUUCGAAUGGAUGGGUACCGAUGGGAUGACGGACAAGGACCUUUUUGGGCAUGAUGACACCGGAAGUGGAGAUGACUUUGCGUUGAGCUCCGACCAAGAAAGUGAAUCGUCCAUGGACUGGGAAAGUAGUGAGCCAUCCGAGAAGACGGAAGAGCACAACGAUGACGACGACGUACAUCACAGAAGAGUUGUUGUCGUAUCUCGUACUGACCGCGGCAGGUCCAAUCGCCAUCAAAAUGCACGUAUCGGCCUACCCUCGGCAACAAUGUUCUUGACACAGUCUAUCUUGGAAAAUUCCGGCCUGGAAUGUACCGUCGGUGAGAGAGGUUAUGGUUCGUGGAACAUUCAAGUGGACGGAUCGAUUGACGAACCGGAGAAACUUUCCAAGUAUAUUCCAGAUAGACUCGAUGCUGAAGACGAGGGAGAUUGGGUGGUGUCUGGACAAGAACUCGUGUCUAGGGUAUUGACAGCUCCUUACGAAUUUUUGUCUUUUGAUGUUUUUAGGUCCAGCGACGCGCUACGAGAAAUUUCAAGUUAUUUAGAGGCAUUACAUGGCAAACCCAAAGACCCCUUUGGGGUUUUUGUCAAUGAGUCUUGUGGGUUCCAUGUCCACGUUGCCCGUAAGCCUCCUCCUCGUCAAGACAGCAGCAGCAGCAGCAGUAGCAUGGACCACAGUGAUGACGACGACGACGACGAUGAUGAUGAAAUGAUCCCAUUACCUAUUCUUCAGCAUUUGGCUUACUUACUGGUACAGUUUGAAGAAUUGAUCAAUGUACUCCACCACGAAAGUCGACGAUGUCGUUCCGAUUGGGAUUCACAUUACGUCCAGACGAACCUGAUGGGUAUCAGACGAUCUUCUCAUUGGUGUCGUCACAAUGUCGAAUCGGUCGACCUCAUCAAGGCCCAGAAAAAAAUCUUUCACAAGGACAUGACACCAUCUGGUCUCGCCAAACUCAUGGACGCCACCCUUCGACCGAAACUUGACGGCUCCGGUAAUUUGGUGCUCGAAACGAGGUACAAGUUUGUCAAUUUUGAACCGUUGACCUAUCAGGGAGGGGCCAAAACGAUCGAGUUCCGUCAACAUAUCGGUACGAUGGAUUUCGAUGAGAUUGCUCAUUGGACCCAUUUCACCUUGUGUCUCGUGAGGACCGCAGAAAGAAUGGCCUUGUGCGGCGGUGAUCAACAAUUUGGGGUCAACGACAGUCCAUGUUCUCCCAGCUCAUCAAGUCCUGAUCAUUUGCCGGUGUCGUUUCGAAAGAAACAAGCCAACAAGUACAGGUUGAGAUGUGCCAAACUUCAAGACGAGUUUGAAAGAAUGUAUGAUUUGUUGGAGUUUGAUGAAGAUGUCCGUGGUUAUUGGCGUAAAAGGUUCGUCAGGUUGAACCCGGCAGAAGGGUUUCGGGUCGGAAAGGACCAGAAUGGUGUAGAGUACAUAUUGGAUGAGGAGGAUCGUUGUCCUAGUUGUAUGUAAUGUAAUCGAGAUAAUCG